AUGAGGGAAGCUCUUGUCCUUAUUGCAGUACUUGUGCCGCUGGCAGAGCUCAGCUCGAUAAGCUUGACUCGCGUCGAGUGUGAAAAGAAUUCCAGAUACUUUAAAACUCUGAAUGUGUCGGCCGUAAACAGUACAAUCGCAGCUGAUAUUGAGUUGAUUCAGACCCUUAAAGCCGGAUUCCGGGGCCACAUCGAUGUGCAGCUACGCCUGAGUAAUGCCAAGAAGUUUCAGAGCCUGGUCCAGACCGACACCGACUACUGCGAGCUGCUCUCGACCCUGAAGGACUCACUCUUCCGGCGCUGGGUGAAGAGCGUGACCAAGAACAGCAACUUUAUGGAAAACUGUCCGAUUUCCGCUGGCCACUACUAUCUCAGAGCCUGGCACGUGGACAUGGGUCUGGUUCCCUCAUAUUUGCUAAGUGGAGACUACCGUCUUAGAGCUCUGGUUUACUACGGGAAGUAUCGCUCCAAGAAGCAGCUGUUCCUAGUCCAGUGCAUCGUGGAGGCAACAAUGCACAACAAAUAG